CUCCGCCUCCCGGGCGGGCGGGCGGGCAUGGCGGAGUUCCGGCUGCACCGCGACGUGGACGAGCUUGUGCGGCUGCUGCUGUUGCGGGGCGAGGGCGGGUGCGGGGGCGGCGAGGGCUUCGUGGAGCUCCUCCAGAAGAGCCGCGCCCAGCACGGACACGCCCCGCCGCCCUCCGCCGCCAACGCCGCCGCCGCCAAGGCCAAGCUGGCGGAGUGCUCCCGCUGCCCGGAGACCUUCCUGCGGAAGUACGAGGAGCUGAAGGGCAAGAACGUGCGGCACCUUGACGCCCUGCUCGGCCUCCUCGCCCGCCUCGCAGGGGACCCCCCGACCCUCCAGUUCCUGCAGCAGAACGCCAAGGAGAGGGCCGAGCUGGCAGUGGCCACGGCUCCCGUUGCCGGCCCCGGCAUCGCCUCCUCUGCCGCCACCACCGCUGCCUCUUCUUCAGCCCCGAAAAUGACGGCCCAGGAGCUGGAGGAGCUCCGCAAGCAGCUGGGCAGCGUGGCCGCCUCCGGGCCCCAGCACCACCGGCCCAAGCCGCUGCACCAGGUGCGGAAGGAGCUGAGGGAGAAGCAGAGCCGGAAGAACACCGGGCAGCCCCUCCCCUCCUUCCCCGACUGGGUCUACGAGCGCCCCGCCCUCCUCGGGGACUUCCUCCCGGGCUCCGCCCUCAGCACGGACACGAUCGUGCCCAUCGGCACGCUCCCGCUGGCGGCGCAGGAGUCAGCGCUGGUGGAGGACCUGCUCUACGUCCUGAUCGGGGUGGAUGGGCAGUACAUCGCGGCCCAGCCGCUGGUGGGCCAAGAGGGGCGGACCUUCCUGGUGGACCCCAACCUGGACAUGUCCGUCAAGGAGCUGGUUGGGCGCAUCCUCCCUGUGGCCGCCAGUUACUCCGGGGUGACCAGGUUUGUUGAGGAGAAGGCUUCGUUUGAGUACGGGCAAGUGAACCACGCGCUGGCGGCCGCCAUGCGGACCCUGGUCAAGGAGUACAUGAUCCUGGUGACCCAGCUGGAGCACCUCCAGCGCCAAGGCCUCCUCUCCCUCCAGAAGCUCUGGUUCUACAUCCAGCCCACCAUGCGCACCAUGGAGAUCCUGGCCUCCAUCGCGAUGGCCGUGGACCGGGGGGAGUGCGUGGGGGGCGCCACACUGAGCCUGCUCCACGACAAGACCUUCAGCUCCACGGGGGACAGCCAGGCCCAGGAGCUCUGCCUCUACCUCACCAAGGCCGCCAGCGUCCCCUAUUUCGAGAUCCUGGAGAAGUGGAUCUACAGGGGACUCAUCAACGAUCCCUACAGUGAAUUCAUGGUGGAGGAGCACGAGCUGCAGAAGGAGAAGAUCCAGGAGGAUUACAACGACAAGUACUGGGACCAGCGCUACACCCUCGUCCCGCAGCAGAUCCCCUCCUUCCUGCAGAAGGUGGCCGACAAGAUCCUCAGCGCAGGGAAGUACCUGAACGUGGUGCGGGAGUGUGGCCAGAACGUGAGCUGCCCGGUGGCCAAGGAGGUCAUCUACACCCUGAAGGAGCGGGAGUACGUGGAGCAGAUCGAGAAGGCCUACAGCUACGCCAGCAAGGUCCUCCUGGACUUCCUCAUGGAGGAGAAGGAGCUCGUGGCCCACCUACGCUCCAUCAAGCACUACUUCCUGAUGGACCAAGGGGACUUCUACGUCCACUUCAUGGACCUGACGGAGGAGGAGCUGAAGAAGCCCGUGGAGGACAUCGUGCCCACCCGGCUGGAGGCGCUGCUGGAGCUGGCCCUGCGCAUGAGCACCGCCAACACAGACCCCUUCAAGGACGACCUCAAGAUCGACCUGAUGCCCCACGACCUCAUCACGCAGCUCCUGCGGGUCCUGGCCAUCGAGACCAAGCAGGAGAAGGCCAUCCUCAACGCCGACCCCACGGAGCUCUCUCUCAGCGGCCUGGAGGCCUUCUCCUUUGACUACGUGGUCAAGUGGCCACUCUCCCUGAUCAUUAACAGGAAGGCCCUGACGCGCUACCAGAUGCUCUUCCGGCACAUGUUCUACUGCAAACACGUGGAGCGGCAGCUCUGCAACGUCUGGAUCAGCAGCAAGGCCGCCAAGCGCUACUCCCUCCAUUCCUCCAAGUGGUUUGCGGGCGCCUUCACCCUCCGCCAGCGGAUGCUCAACUUUGUGCAGAACAUCCAGUACUACAUGAUGUUUGAGGUCAUGGAGCCCACGUGGCACGUCCUGGAGAAGAGCCUCAAGUCGGCCUCCAACAUUGACGACGUCCUGACGCACCACACCAGCUUCCUGGACAACUGCCUGAAGGACUGCAUGCUCACCAACCCGGAGCUGCUGAAGAUCUUCUCCAAGAUGAUGUCCGUCUGCGUCAUGUUCACCAACUGCAUGCAGAGGUUCUCCCACAGCAUGAAGCUGGGCACUGAGCGGAUGCAGGACGAGGAGGAGGAAGAGGAGGAAGAGCGCCAGCAGCAGGAGGAGGCGCAGGUGGCCCCCUCCCAGAAGCAGAAGGCCAGGAAGCUGCUGGCGGACUCCCUGCGCGUGACGGCGGGCUUCGAGGCCACCAUCAACAAGUUUGACAGCAACUUCUCUGCCCACCUCCUGGACCUCCUGGACAAGCUGAGCCUCUACAGCACCAACGACUGCGAGCACAGCAUGAUCAACAUCAUCUACAGGUUGGACUUCAAUGGCUUCUACACGGAGCGGCUGGAGCACAUGUCUGCGGAGCGGGGCCAGAAGGCGGUGGCCACGCAGUGAGGAAGGAGAGUCCCUGCAAAUCCUUGCCUGUUGUCGCUGCAUCGGAGACUGUUUUCACACGAGUAAUUCUAUUAAUCAAGCACGGGCCGCCUUCAGCCCUCUGU